AUUCUCCAUUCAGACACGGACACCAUCAUUCUCUUGCAUAAAAAAUGGUAGUAUAUAGAAUCAAAUCAACAUCACCACCAACCUCGCUCACUCACCUUCCACUACCGCCAUCCCAUAUAUAUAGUAUACCAUUACCAACACUACCCUCCUCACCAAACAGCGAAAAGAGAAAACGAAGAACCAUCACAACUCCACAAUGGCUAUGGCUCUUCGCAGACUCACAUCCUCCAUCAACAACACCGCUUCUCUUUAUCGCAUGUCAUCUUCUUCUCUCUCCGCACAACAGAAGAAUCACAAAUCUCAUCCCGAUUGGAUUAAGCAGCUAAACGAUCCUCUUGAAGUGGUGGAUCCUGAGAUCGAAGAUAUUAUCGAACUCGAAAAAUCUCGUCAAUGGAAGGGACUAGAACUUAUACCUUCAGAAAAUUUUACAUCUUUGUCGGUUAUGCAAGCGGUUGGAUCAGUUAUGACGAAUAAAUACAGUGAAGGUUAUCCAGGUGCUAGAUACUAUGGUGGAAAUGAGUACAUUGACAUGGCUGAGACCUUGUGUCAGAAGCGUGCAUUGGAAACUUUUGGGUUGGAUCCAGCAAAAUGGGGAGUCAAUGUGCAGUCAUUAUCUGGAUCCCCUUCUAACUUCCAAGUUUACACUGCUUUAUUGAAACCUCAUGAGAGAAUUAUGGCACUCGAUCUUCCCCAUGGUGGGCAUCUAUCACAUGGAUAUCAGACUGACACCAAGAAGAUAUCAGCUGUAUCUAUAUUCUUUGAAACAAUGCCAUACAGAUUGGACGAGAGCACUGGUUAUAUUGAUUAUGACCAGAUGGAGAAAAGUGCUGCACUUUUUAGGCCAAAAUUAAUAGUUGCUGGUGCUAGUGCUUAUGCCCGUCUUUAUGAUUAUGCACGGAUUCGCAAGGUCUGUGAUAAACAAAAGGCAGUUAUGUUGGCUGAUAUGGCACACAUCAGUGGAUUAGUUGCUGCAGGUGUUAUUCCUUCUCCUUUUGAUUACGCUGAUGUUGUAACAACCACAACACAUAAGUCACUUCGUGGGCCACGUGGGGCUAUGAUAUUCUUCAGGAAGGGCGUGAAAGAGAUAAACAAGAAAGGGCAGGACGUGUUGUAUGACUACGAAGACAAAAUAAAUCAGGCUGUUUUUCCUGGACUUCAAGGUGGUCCCCACAAUCACACUAUUACAGGCUUAGCAGUUGCACUGAAGCAGGCUAUGACACCAGAAUUCAAGAAUUAUCAAAAACAAGUUCUGAGUAACUCCUCAGCAUUUGCACAGAGUUUGUUAGAGAAAGGCUAUGACCUUGUAUCUGGUGGAACUGAGAACCAUUUGGUGUUGGUGAACCUAAGAAACAUGGGCAUUGAUGGCUCACGGGUUGAAAAGGUGUUAGAAUCAGUCCAUAUAGCUGCCAAUAAAAAUACUGUUCCAGGGGAUGUGUCUGCUAUGGUUCCUGGGGGCAUCAGAAUGGGAACCCCUGCUCUCACAUCCAGGGGUUUUAUUGAGGGCGAUUUUAAAAAAGUUGCUGACUACUUUGAUGUGGCAGUCAAAAUAGCCUUACAGAUUAAGGAAAAUUCAAAAGGUACAAAGUUGAAAGAUUUUGUGGAAGCUAUGCAGUCAGAUGCACAAAUUCAAUCUCAAAUUGCUAAUCUCCGCCGUGAAGUAGAAGAUUAUGCUAAGCAGUUUCCCACAAUCGGUUUUGAGAAAGAGACAAUGAAGUAUAAUAAGUGAAGAUGACAUGUGGAGUUUUAUUUGCCGGUUUAUGGAAUAACAACACAAAUUUGGAUAUGUUGCUGAACAUUUUCGUACUCUGCUCUUGGAAGAAAUUGUGAAUUGUAUUAUCAAUGGUCAAAGUGAAAGAGAAGGGAACACUUUUCUUUCAAUGAUAAUAAACCAUUUUAUAUGGUAUUAGGGUUGAGCAUUUUCUUUCAAACUUGAGAAUAGAUAUUAAUUAUUUGGAGUGGAAAAUUCCUUUUAAUGAUCAAUUUUGUAGUAGUGUAGCAAAACUGAAAUUGAGCAUUUUUGGAUUUGUGGUUUUCUUAUUUGUAUUUUCACCUUUGAAGAAAUAAAACUCCCCCUUAUUUUUUCA